AUGAAGGCGCUUAGAGCUGGGUCGAAAGAGGCCGCCUCCUGUCCGGCCAUCAUCUCUGUUGCGGGAGCCACGGUGGACCUCCCCCCCGAACAGUGGAAGCUGCACACUGAGGAUAAGCAUCCUCUCACGGCGCGUCUGUUCGACUUUGUCACCGGGUAUCUGGAGAAGGAGGUGCAUGAGCACGUCCGAAUCGUGACGAGCGGUGUUGUCGCGGACAUAGUCGCGGGUCGCGAUGAAGCGGUCCAAGCCUUUGCCGGUGCCGCUGGUGUUUCGAACCGCGGAGGUGCUCGGGGGGGGACGGUGGUCCACGCUGAUGACGAAGGGGCCGAGGAUACUGCGACAAAGGGUGCAACCCGCGAUGAGGCUGACCGCGCUGUUGCGCGUGAGGGGGAGGAGUCGAGCGAGGAGGAGGCAGAGGCUCACGUGGUAGCGGCCGUGGCAUCCAGCAAGCCCACUACAUCCGGCAAGAGCAUCAAGCACCUCGCGCAGCACUUGGCCCCCGGUGCUGGAAGCGCGGGCCCGAGUGGUGAGGUCGCGGGCAAGAGUCCCGUGACAGGUCCGCGUGAUCACGCGUCCCUGUCCUCGUUGCCAUCGCAUAAGCUUGCUGCCGAGAUCCUGCAGCUCGAAUGCAGGCUUGCAGCGCAGGCCGAAGUGAACGCACGGCUGAAGAAACGCCAGGAGUCGGGGGUUGGUGGGGUCGCGGUCGUGGGCUUUGAGGAGCUUGCGCUCGCGCUUGCUAGUGCGGUUCGGAUGUUGGAGAAGGAGGCGAGGGCGAUCGCGCAGGAAAGAGCGGCCCUGGUCGAUACGCGUAACCAGGAGGCGUUGGUGCUGGGGCGAGUGGACGCGAGGCUGGGAUAG